AUGUCGUUUGAUUGGCUUAAUGUUCCGGGAUUGGACUUAAGCAGCGGGGACCAAGCAGAAAAGAGACCAUCAAAUGGAUUGGGACCUCCCAGUGUGUCUUUCGACUUUGGUAUAAACACUGCUGCUCCACAUGAUUCCAGCUUCUGGGACCAAGGAUCAAGAAGCCACAGCGAUACGACUUUGUCUUACAGAAAUAAUCACCCAAACACAGGAGCUAAUUCCGCUACGAACGUAAAUUCUCCCCAAAAGGGGGAUCCUUCUCACACGGAAGUACGAAAACUUUCUGGGGGUGAUGUAUACGCAGAGUCGCCCGAAGAUAUGCAAGUCCCAUUGUCUUUAUCACAGAAUCAACUUACCCAUGAAGAAAUAAGGACUUAUCUAAGAUGGUACAACUAUAUAUGUUUGAGGACUCAUGGAAAAUUAAUAAGAUUGAAUGACGUGUUUAGAUUCUUAACCAACUUCAACUUAUCACAAAAAGUUAAAGAUAGAAUUGUGGAAAUUUUCCGUAGCUGUAAAAAUGCAUUAAAUAUUGGCCAAUUUUUCGCUGUUCUAAGACUAGUUUCUAGAGCUAUUAUAUAUGGUAUUUUACCUCUAAGACGUAUGAUCUUAGAAAAGGCACCUGUACCCAAACCGCGCCCUAUCCUAAGUAGUGAAAAUCACGAAGAGGUGUAUGAGGAGGUGGAAGACGAUGAUGGUUCCACCAAAGCUGGUGAUCAAAAGGUUGAUUUUGAUUCAUUUGCCUCAUUGCUGUUGACUGGUAAGACGACAAGGAAAAGGGUCAGAAGGAGAAUCAAAAAUUCGAACUUUAAGAGUAAAAAGGUUAGAUUUUCAGAGCAUAUAACGUUUCAAGAUCCUCCAAAUCUUAAUCAAGAAUCGCUUAAUAAUAAUGAGGCAAGAAAGCAAAAUACUGAUGGAAAAGGUGAAGAUCAGGACUUUAGUAAUGACAGUCCAUUAGACUUCACAUUGCCCAUGGACCAAUUAUUAAAGAGACUAUAUAAGGGGAGACAAAAUAGCGGUUUAGUUUCGAGUUUGCCCAGCGAACAACAAGAGACUGAGGAGGAGAAGAAAGUUUUAGAGGAUAUGAAGGACUCUUUGUCACAUUUCAAGCAAAUACAGACUGUUGAUUCUGCAUCAUUGCCAAUUUCAUCCGCAUUUUUACAGAAUGGUAAUAAUUUACCAACUAACAAUGUGAAUAGCGCCGGGAUUCCACAACAAAUGCCAUUAGAACCUUUGAAGCCCACGGCUACAGGUUCUGCUAAUCAUCUGGUGCGAGAAGAAUAUAAUCAGGGGUUACAUCCAAGCGACGGUGCCAUUCAGACGGGUUUACAACCUUUAAAACCGACAGCAACAGGCUCUGCAAACUAUUUGAUGCGAAGUCAUAUGGAACAACCUCAAUCUAUCAAACCUUCGAAUACACCUGAAACAGUUGUAAACCCUGGAGGGCUUCAGCCUUUGAAACCUACUGCGACAGGUUCUGCAAACUACUUAAUGAAACAGCAUCUCUCACCUUCAGUAAAUAACGCAGUACCUUCGAUGUUUCAGCCACAGUUCACGAACCAAUCUUCGUCUCCACAAGCUACGGGACCGCCCUUUCUGAAUUCUCCUAAUAUUACUCUUCCCCAAAACAAUCAGCAGCAACCUUACCAAGGAGUUAAUUCGACUGAAUCAAAGAUUGAGCCAUCAAGCAUAUCCCCUCAACAUACAUAUUCUAACAAUGUUCGGAUUAACAAUGGAAACAUUAUAUCCAUGCCGAAAGUAGAAAUAUCUAGCGCCCUUUCCCCUCAAAACACUCUUCCUCAGCAUCAGCAGUCACAUUUGCUUUCUCCUCAAAAUACUAUUCCGCAACAUCAGCGGUCACAUUUGAUUUCUCCACAAAACACCUUUACCCAAAAUCAGCCUCCUAUUCUUUCUCCGCAAAAUACGUAUUCCAAUAAUCAAUCAACAAUGAUAUCUCCCCAACAUACGUACGCUAAUAAUCAGCAACAACCCCAACAUCUUCCACCUCCUCCACCUCCACGCGCUCAACAGCAGCAGCAACAAGCAGCCAUUGUGUCACCUCAACAUACGUACCCCAACAUACAAAAGCAGAAUAAUUUGGUACCUACUCAGACCUCGUAUGCAAAUUCACCAAGUAUGCAAUCUCCAAAUUUUUUGUCACCUCAAAAUGCUGCUAAUAGUUACUUCCAAUCUUUGCUUUCGACUUCACCAUCUCCGAAUCCUAUGCCAUCAAAUGCGUCCACUGUUAAUAGCAAUAACGCUGGUAAUAGCAUAGGUUCAUUCCAAAACACCAAUCCAGCAAUGAACAACAGUCAAUCUCGUCAGACUUAUAGCCACCAGCAGCAACAACCUCAACAACCUCAACAAUCAAUAUAUGGGGGUCAACUUUCUCAAAUGCAGCAACAUCCGGGGCAACUCCAUCUAAACAAUUCUAAUAUACAAAACCAACCUAACAAGCCUAAUUACGGAAUGUUAGGUCAGCAAAUUCAUCAACAGCAGCAACAGCAACAGCAGCAACAGCAAUUCCCAUUUAAUACAGACGUUAAUAGAUCUAAUUCAAGCGAUAUUUUGGGUAACUUGCAGUCAUUACAGCAGCAAGUUGAUGCUUUACAAAUUCAAUACAGUAGGAGACCAUAG